AUGCUUACCCGGUGGGAAUAUUUACUUGUGAACCGGGAGGCAGGUAGGUAUUUCCAUACAUUCCUUGAUAUGCACUUAGUCUUUCCUGAUCUUGAUACAAUCCAGGCUGGGAAAGUGGAUAUUGCAGGGAAGGAGAUCUCAAGGGUCGCAUAUUUUGAGAUGGUGAUUGCAUUCUAAGUCGAUCGUACUCGGAUCUAAGGAAACGAUUCUCUUCCUCAAGAUUGAUCAGAACCUUAUCCAGAGAGCCAGCGCUUCCAGUUAACAUGGGUGCAGUCCAUCCACUCGGGUUACGGUAGUACCUUGGCUGAUAAUUUAUUGGUGGACCGGUGACGAAGACUGUAGAGGCGGGAUGAGUUGGUGGUUGGGAAGAGGCUCUGAAACUACUUCCUCCUCCACGCAGCUGAUUUGGACGAAGUGUAUAAUAUGCAGGUUCGACUGGGCGAGAUCGAUCAUAAUUGACACUGUUGUAAUUCCAAGGUGUGGUGAGCGAAUGCGUGGAAUCUUUGGUCCCAUAGUACAUUGGUGGCCGAGCUCCAGUCGUCGUGAGUGAAUUUUGGCGUCUCAGUGAGUGGCUGUACUGGGCAAUGAGUUCAUGCUCCUGAUCCAUUGACCCUCCUCUUCGUGGUCUAUUGCCACCACGCGGAAUCGAACUAUCCAUCAGUUUAUUUGCAGAUGAGGCAGCCGGAAUCAUUAUUCGCUUCCUCGUUUCUCCCAGAGAAGCUGGUCGUACCGACUGUCUAUUACUUGGAGAAGGAUUUGUGUUGGGGAAAUUGGCCGAAUUUUGCCGAAUCGGCACUGCUUUUGGUGGUCUGUUGGGAACAAAACAUUGAAUAUUAUAUAGAAGUUUCUCUAAGGUUUCACAUUUUUGUCAGUAUUGGCAUAUCAUCCUUCCGGUGGGGUCUGAAAUAG